CUUCAAUUUGGGAUAAACUUUCUCUAUGCCUCCUGAUGACAUUAAUUGAAUUGGUUGAUUUCAAACAUGCCGUUUUCUAAGGAGACUCAGGUCUCUUCGGUUGAGAACAAUGAACACAACCUAGGGGGAUCGUAUAGUGACAUAUCAGAUGAUAGCAUCACCCAUGAAUCAUGGAAUACAUCGGACUACCCACCUCAUUCAAUUGCUGUGGUGGGCAUGGCUGGAAAGUUUCCAGAGGCAGAUUCAGUUGAAGAGCUAUGGGAUUUGCUGCUUGAUGGAAAAUCCGUCGUCAAGCCCGCUCCUGUAGAGCGCCUUCAGUUGCCCCAGACCGGGAGCUAUUCAGACACCAAGUGGUGGGGAAACUUCCUCAAAGACCCUGAUGCUUUCGACCAUCGUUUCUUCAAAAAGCCCUCUCGAGAGGCAGUCGCCUGGGACCCGCAGCAGAGGAUUCUGCUCGAGGUUCUUUACCAGGCACUUGAGUCUGCGGGCUAUUUUGGACCUUCGUCAGAAAACGAAACCAACGAUUACGGUUGCUAUGUCGGGGCAGUCAUGAACAAUUAUUAUGACAACCUAUCCUGCCACCCUCCGACUGCGUACGCCACGCCAGGAACAUCAAGGCCGUUUCUUAGCGGCGUCAUGAGCCAUCAUUUCGGAUGGACAGGACCAGCUUUAACCAUUGACACGGCCUGUUCAUCUUCGCUCGUCGCCAUCAACACUGCAUGCCGGGCAAUAUGGUCCGGCGAGUGUUCUCGUGCCAUAGCAGCCGGAACAAAUGUGAUUACGAGUCCAUUCGACUACCAAAACCUGAAUGCGGCAGGAUUUCUGAGUCCAACAGGACAGUGCAAGCCAUUCGACGCGGGUGCCGAUGGCUAUUGCAGAGGCGAAGGUGUUGGAGUUGUCGUUCUGAAAAAGCUCUCCGAUGCCGUUCAGGAAAACAACAAUAUCCUUGGUGUGAUUGUUGGAUCUGCAGCGAAUCAAAAUCAAAACUUCAGCCACAUCACAGUUCCACACUCAGGCUCGCAAGUGGAGUUGUACCAUAAGGCGAUGAAACUCGGCAAUGUGAGGCCUGAGGAAGUCUCUUACGUCGAAGCACAUGGAACUGGAACGGGGGUUGGAGACCCCGUCGAAGCCCGCAGCAUACGCGAUGCGCUCGGUGGUCCACACAGAGACUCUAUCCUCCACUUCAGUUCGAUUAAAGGGAACAUCGGACAUACGGAGGCGUCUGCCGGCGUUUCUGGUCUGAUCAAGGUGCUGCUUAUGAUGAAGCAUGGGAUGAUACCUAAGCAAGCGAGCUUCAACUCACUCAAUCCGAAGAUUUCGGCCCUCAAUAAGGACCGUAUGGCAAUUCCCACGAAAAAUCUGUGGUGGAAAGCCCCAACACGCGUGGCUUGUGUCAACAGCUAUGGUGCCGCGGGUAGCAACUCGACGUUGUUGGUUCGAGAAAAGCCAAAAUUGGAGAAACCAUCAGCGCCUGUACAGCUUUCUGAAUAUCCUAUUUUCAUAUCUGCCGGCAGUGAGAGUAGUCUUUCUAUGUACGCCACUAAGCUUCUCGAGUGGCUACCAAAACCAAACAGCAACCCUGACCAAUUGCUUGCAUCAUUGGCGUUCAAUUUGGCCGAUAGGGCCAACCAUACACUUCCAUUCCUCUUUUCCACUUCGGUAUCCAACAUUCAGGGGCUUCAAAGUUCGCUUGAAAAGCUUUCCCGCGGAUCUGGCAUCGAGAAAGCGAACAGUUCGCAACCUGUAGUCCUGAUAUUUGGAGGUCAAGAGAGCGAUAUCAUUGGCCUCUCUCAAGAACUCUACCAAUCCUCCCCAAUCUUCCGCAAACAUCUCAAUCAUUGCGACCGAAUCUUACUGUCCAGGGGUCUUGAUAGCGUUCAUUCAUCUCUGCUUCAAAAUGAACCCAUCAACAAGCUUACAAGCUUGCACGCUGCUCUGUUUUCCGUGCAAUACGCUUCAGCCAAGGCAUGGAUUGAUUGCGGAUUGAAGGUUGAUGCAGUCGUUGGACAUAGCUUUGGACAACUCACUGCAUUUUGUAUAUCCGGCGCGCUCUCACUCUCUGACGCUUUGACGCUUGUUGUUGAGAGGGCAUCUCUUAUGCAAAAGCAUUGGGGCUCCGAGCGCGGGUCCAUGCUUUCUCUCCAGACAGAUCGAAGAACUGUGGAGGAAAUUCUGCGAUCACUCAAGGCUUCACGACGUGGCUUUGACGCGGAAAUAGCUUGUUAUAAUGGUCCAAGGAACCACGUUGUGGUUGGUACUGCCGAUGAUAUUGAAACUAUCGAGCAAUACAUUAAUACAUCACAAUCUCUGCGGGGGUCGAUUCGCAGCAAGAGACUUAGAGUGACGCAUGGAUUUCACUCAAAAUUCACGGAGCCCAUGUUGCCUCACCUUUCGAAUCUAGCGAAGACGUUGGAUUGGAGGGAGCCGACAAUGCAUCUCGAGACUUGCGAUGAAAUCAGCAGCUUCACCGAACCAGGCUAUACCAUAGUCUCGAGUCAUACAAGAUCUCCGGUUUUCUUUCAGCAGGCCAUCGAAAGACUAGAGAAGAAGUUCUCGAAGGCUACCUGGGUAGAGGCUGGUCGGGGAUCUUCAAUCACACAGCUUGCGAAAGACGCACUCCUAGAUUCGGAGGGACACUUAUUCAUUGCGCCACAUCUGACUUCAUCGAAUGCGUCCAGAUCUUUGGUUGACAAAACCGUUGAACUAUGGAAGUUCGGGUAUUCCGUUCAAUUCUGGCCUUUCCAUCGAAGCCAGAAGCCUCUUUAUGAGCACUUGGAUAUCCCCCUCUAUCAAUUUGAAAAGACGAGGCAUUGGCUUCCAUUCCUAAGGCAAAGCUCACGGCAGGACUCCGGCAAAGAAGAAGAUAAGCCGGUAGAAGACAAACAUGAUCUUCUCACCUUUUUGAAUUUCAAAGACAGUCACCAGAAAGAAGCAAUUUUCCGAAUAGAUCCACGGUCAGAUCGCUUUCAGGAAAUGCUAGCGGGCCAUGUCAUGGCGGACCAAACGCUUGCUCCAGCGUCUCUGUAUCUUGAGGUCAUCUGCAGGGCGGCUCUAGUUCUUCAGAAGGAUACAGAAGCGACGGACUAUGUUCCGACUGUUGAUGAUUUGCGAAUGAAGUCACCAAUUGGUCACGACACGACAGCGGAGAUCUUGCUUACCCUGGAGAAAUUAGGGGGCAACAAGACUUCAUGGUCGUUCUCUAUCACCACUCAGGGAGGGGUAAUGCAACGUAAACGCCCAUAUGAACAUUCUACGGGUGUGAUAAGCCUCAAGAGGAGAGAUGACGCUCAAGCGGCGAGACAUUUCAAGCGGUUCGAAUCUUUGACCGGUUAUCGUCGAUGUGAAGCAAUUUUCAACAAUCCCGAUGCUGAGACGAUGCAAGGAAACCACAUCUACCGCGCAUUCAGUACCGUUGUCAGUUAUGGACCCACCUUUCAUGGUAUCAAAAAGGUAGCAUGUGUCGGCGAGGAAGCUGCCGGAAUCGUGGCUGUUACUCCAGAUCUCGCUGCACCAGCUGAUCAACGUCUCUGCGAUACUCCGAUGACGGACAGUUUCAUGCAAUUCGCGGGAUUCUUAGUAAAUUACUUCAACAAUCCGAACUUGGAAGAUGUAUUUGUGUGUAUGGAGAUCGAACACAUCGAAUUUGGUGGACGCUUCAACCCGGAUGCUAAAGAGUGGGUUGUUUAUUCGAACAUGACCGGGGGCGGUGAUUGCGACGUAUCAUCAGAUGUAUAUGUCUUCGAUGCCGAAAGCAAGAAUAUGGUCAUGGCCACAUUUGGCUUGCGGUUUACGAAAAUGCAAAAGGCAAAGCUUGCAAACUUGCUCAAGAAUGUCAACAAACCUGAGGCAUCGAUUGCGAAACCUCAGAAGACGGUGCCUUCUGUUGCUGAGGUUGCUGUCCCUGCAGUACAGACUAUCCGGGGGACUUCGCCUCCAAAUCUCUCAAGCAAAAGAAGCGAGCUUAUUCAAGUAUUAUCGAAUAUUACCGAUGUAGCGAUUGAAGAGAUCAGUCCGGAUUCUGCGUUAGAAGAUCUUGGAAUCGAUUCGCUCAUGGCGACUGAAGUCUUGAACGACAUCCGAAAAAGUUUGGGAAUAAACAUUGAUCUUUCCAGCUUCCUACUUUUCCCCAGUAUUGAUGCCAUUGUAGCAUAUAUCGACGAAGCGUCCGGCAUCAGCAGCGAUGAUGAGCCCUUUGACACACCGCCAACUACUGAUGCAGACAGCGAUGUCUCUGGCAUGAGCACACCGGCACAGAACAAUGUGGCCAGGCUAGUCCUCCCACAAGAACCCAGCAGACCAAAGAUUAUAUCUUCGAUAGGUUCUUUCGAGGAAAAGCGAUGGUAUUUCGACUCAAUAGCCCGCGAAAACAAAGCUGCUGGCUUUUGGACUGAAGCAUAUCCACGUCAGGCAAGGCUUGUCCGCGCUUACGUUUUAGAGGCAUUUUCCGCCCUAGGAUGCGACUUGACCAGUCUGCGGAUUGGAGAGCAUAUUCCCCAAGUCAAAACACUGGAUAGACAUGCAAAACUUGUGGAACAACUCUAUCGUGUGCUCGAAGACGGAAAGCUGAUCUCUCCAAGCCGUCACGGAUUCGUCAGAACCGAUGUUGUAGUUGAUGAAACACCUGCUGAAUCGAUCUAUCAACAGAUUAUCGGUCUUCAUCCCCAACACGACAACGUGCUCAAACUAAUCCGAGCAGUCGGGUCCCGUCUGGCGGAGUGUUUGGUGGGUGAUGAAGAUGGCUUGCAAAUAGUUUUCGGCAAUAAGGAGACAAAAGCAACUCUAGAAGCAAUGUACGAGUUCUGGCCUUUGUUACGAACACCCACUAUGGUUCUCAGCAACUUCCUACAGAGGGCUUUCACCAAUGCAAAGGGCGAUGGGAAGUUUCGCAUCCUCGAAGUAGGCGCUGGCACCGGGGGAACGACGCGAUAUAUUGUCAAUGCACUCAAAAGUCAGGGCAUACCAUUUGAAUAUGUUUUUACCGACAUUUCUUCGUCUCUGGUGUCAGAAGCAAAGAAGAAAUUCAAGGGUAUUGAUGAAGUGUCCUUCGAUGUUGUCAAUAUUGAAAAGCCAAUCAAACAGGAAUAUGAAGAAGCCUUCCAUUGCAUCAUUGCAACAAAUUGCAUCCACGCAACGCGGAAUCUUGAAGCUUCCCUCACGAAUCUUCGGAAGAUGCUUCGAGAGGAUGGUGCAUUGACUCUCAUCGAAAUUACCAAGAACAUGUUCUGGCUCGAUAUUGUCGUUGGUCUUUUUGAAGGCUGGUGGCUGUUCGAGGACGGUCGUUCGCAUGCGCUGGUCAAUGAAAAGCAUUGGGAGCGUGUGAUGAAGAAUUCCGGCUUCAAAGAGGUACUGUGGUCAGAUGGCGCAACGCCCGAAUCCGAGACAGUUCGUGUAAUCGCUGCAUUUCCCCGCGGUGAUCCAAUCAGACGUGGGGCAGCAUUGCAACCCAGGAAACCUGCCAACCCUGUCGUGGAAACUGUUGUGUAUAAGAGAAUCGGAAACUUGGAUAUUCACGCCGAUAUCUACUAUCCCGGUGAAGGACAUUCCUCGAAUAAGAAAUUACCAAUUGCUUUAAUGAUUCACGGGGGAAGCCAUUGCCUCUUCUCUCGAAAGCAAAUCAGACCGGCACAGACGCGUCUACUACUUGCAAAGGGAUUUCUACCUGUCAGCCUAGAUCAUCGAUUGUGCCCCGAAGUGAGCCUUUCCGAGGGCGGCAUGGUAGACGUUUGCGACGCUCUUGACUGGGCUCGCCAUACAUUGCCAUACCUUGAUCAUCACAGACCUGGGCUCCAGAUCGAUGGAGAGAGAGUCGUUGUGGUUGGUUGGUCGUCUGGAGGACAGCUUGCGAUGUCCCUAGGGUGGACUGCCCCGAAGAGAGGAUUACGUCCUCCAGAGGCUGUCCUUUCGUUCUAUGCACCUACAAAUUAUGAAGAUGAGUGGUGGAGACACCCCAUCCAGCCCAUCGGUGCAGAAGACACAGGUUACAAGUAUGACGUCUUGGAGGCAAUUCAGGACCAACCCAUUACUCACUACGAUCAAGUGGGCGCCUGGGAACCACUCUCAGAGCCCCGAAUUCUUACCGAUCCUCGAUGUCGCGUCGUACUUCACAUCAACUGGAAAGCCCAAACUCUUCCCAUCAUCCUGGGUGGGCUUCCCAGCAGGACGAAGGCCAAUAAGAGUUCAGAGCCGAAGGACUGGAAUGCCCUUCCUCAGCCUGACAACGAGACAAUCGUAGCUGCCAGUGCACUUGCGCAGAUCCGUGAAGGCAACUACAACACCCCCACUUUCUUGAUACACGGCACAGCUGAUGAUCUCGUUCCAUGGACGCAAAGUCGUGAUACAUAUGCCGCAUUGGUUGAGCGGGGUACGAAUGCAGAUUUGGUAUUGAUUGAGAACGCACCACAUAUCUGUGAUCUGAGCAGUGACCCAGACUCCAAAGGGUGGAAAGCCACUGUUCGCGGAUACGAGUUCCUCUAUAAUUAUGUA